ACUAUUAAAUAAAUCCUUGCAGAAUUUUUUUUUUAUUAUUUUUGUUAGGAAAAGUUUCCUCCCAGGCUAAACUAGGAAGCAACGGUAACCCCAUGUUUGUUUAAACAUUAUCUGCUUGGACUCAAGGCUACUACUUUAUAAUGGCAUGAGGGAGGGUCAUGUACCAUCCCACGAGAGAGAGAUCAGGUAGAGAGAGAAUAAGCGAGAGAGAGAAAUCAGAUGGAGAUCAAAAGCAAAGUGCUCGUUAUAGGGGGGACUGGGUACCUGGGAAAGAGGCUGGUGAAGGCAAGUUUAGGUCAGGGCCAUGAAACAUACGUAUUGUAUAGGCCAGAGAUAGGUGUUGAUAUUGAAAAGGUUCAAAUGUUACUGUCAUUCAAGGAGCAAGGAGCCCAUCUUGUGCAAGGUUCCUUUAAUGAUCAGCGAAGCCUUGUCGACGCGGUUAAGUUAGUUGAUGUAGUUAUCUGUGCAGUUUCCGGUGUCCAUAUCAGGAGCCACCAAAUCCUCCUCCAACUCAAGCUUGUUGAUGCUAUCAAAGAGGCUGGAAAUGUUAAGAGAUUUUUGCCCUCCGAAUUCGGCACUGACCCUGCAAAAAUGGAGAAUGCUAUGGAACCUGGACGGGUUACAUUUGACGAUAAAAUGGUAGUUAGGAAAGCAAUUGAAGAUGCUGGAAUUCCCUUUACAUAUGUUUCUGCAAACUGCUUUGCUGGAUACUUUCUUGGAGGUUUAUGUCAACCUGGGCACAUCAUUCCUUCAAGGGAACAUGUAUCCAUACUGGGAAACGGAAAAGAAAGAGCAAUUUAUGUUGAUGAAGAUGACAUUGCCAUGUACACUAUCAAGACCGUAGAUGACCCUCGGACCCUGAACAAGACAUUGUACAUUAGGCCACCCAACAACAUACUGUCUCAAAGAGAAGUAGUUCAGAUAUGGGAGAAACUCAUCGGGAAAGAGCUGCGUAAAUCUACAAUUUCCUCGGAAGAGUUCCUGGCUUGCAUGAGAGAACAAGAUUAUGCUGAGCAAGUUGGAUUGACACAUUACUACCAUGUUUGUUACGAGGGAUGCCUUACAAAUUUUGAAAUUGGUGAUGAAGGAGAGGAAGCUUCGGAGCUUUAUCCAGAAGUCAAGUACACCACGGUGGAGAAGUACAUGAAACGCUAUUUAUAAUUCUCCAAUUUGUAUAUUUGUAAUUCUGUUUUUCUACUUCUUAAGAUGACGAGAGCAGGUUUCAAACUCAAGGCCUGCUUCUUCUUCUUCCAUGCUUUUCAAGAGUGAACUACCAUAAUUGGAAACCUGUGUAAUUUAUUGCUAUAAUUAAUGCCAAGUACCUUUGUUCUGUGUUUUUUAAAAGAA